GCGGGAGCGCCGGGGCCGCGGCGGCCUGUGGACCCGGGCUCUGGAGGGCGAACGGAAACGCCUCCUCUCUGCAAAACAAAGAGAAGCGGGAGGCGUGCGUGGUGCUUGCACUCCCGCAGGGCCUGCGACCUCCCAGCGUUUCUGGCCACCUCCGGAGAGGAGACGAUGGCGGGCAGCCCGGCGCGAGGCCAGCGCUCGGGCUCCAAGGCAUCCCGCGCGCGGCCGCAGGUCAGCUCCGACGUGGAGGAGCUGCAGAGCCGCUUGCAGGAGACCCUGGACGUGCUGAGCCCGCAUGAGCUGAGCAGCUUCCGCUUCAUCCUUAAGGGGCUGGACGAGGAGCCGCGGGUGAGCCCGCUGCGCCUGGAGCUGGAGGGCGGCAGCGCUUCGGGGCUGGCCAGCCUGCUGGCCAGGCACUAUUGUCUGCCCGCCGCGCCGCGCGUUGUCGUCAAGGUGCUGCAGCAGCUGCGCCGCGCCGACCUGCUGCCCCGCUGGCAGAGCUGUGCGGCCCCGGACGGCGCGGUGAUUCCGAGAAAGAGUCUAAAGAGAAGCUAUGAUUGUGUGGACGGUGACCUGGACUGCUACGAUCUGAGCGGCAAGCGGAAGGCCUUCCUCAUGUGUGUGAAGAAGCACAGGCCAGGGGCGCGCCAGGACAUCCUGCUCAUGAAGGAGUGGCUUGGCCAGUGCCGGUUUGAACACACCACCUGCAUCGAUCCCGACAAAAUGGAGUUACUUGAACAAAUAACAUUAUUUCGGGAUGAGCUCAAUGAAAUUAAAGACGAAAUUGGCUGCUGCAUUGUCACUCUCAUGUCCCAUGGCGAGCAAGGGUUUAUUAAAACGAAAGAUGGUGAGAAAGUCAGCCUGGAACUCAUUUUUGAAAUGUUCAACAAUAAAAACUGCCCUGCUCUUCAGGAGAAGCCAAAGAUCUUCAUAAUUCAGGCCUGCAGGGGAGAUAAGAGAGACUGUGGUGUUGAGACGGAUGACGAGCCCAUGGAUUCUGAUGACAUCUGUGAGAAGCGGCGGCUGCCCACGUUCAGUGAUUAUUUCAUCAUCUACCCCACCCAGCCAGAUCAUGUAGCUCUCCGGCACCCUCUCACGGGCUCCGUGAUGAUUGAGGCCAUGAUCGAAGUCUUUAAGGAGUAUGGGAAUCGGUGGCACAUCGCAGACUUCUUCACCAAAGUGAAUAGGAGAGUGGUGCAGAGGGAAUUCUCUCUACGCGAGGAACCGGUCAAAGUAUCACUCGUAAUGGAAUCAACUUUAACUAAGUCUGUGUACUUUUGACAUCAGGAAGAUUCAGACAAGGACUCCUUUAAGAUAGACUUCACAGAGAUCUGUGAGGGUUUGUAGCAUAUUACUAAUGGUUCUAUUUUGCAUUAUUUCUGUCACUUGCUGUACAUCUCCAGUUUUGUGGAUUUGUUUUUCUAGGAUUUAUGACAUGUAUUUGAUACUUGUAAAUAGUUUCGACUUCUUUUCUAAAAUUGCGGCUUUCUAAAACGUCAUUCCUGGACUGUUAUCAGAACCCAGAAGUCCAGCUCUAUUUGUAUACUGUGUGUAUCCCUUACUUCCGUUAAUGAUCCCACACUCUCUCCCACUCUGCUUGGUGCUGCUGUGAAUAGGCCUUAUUUUCUUGGCUGAGUAUUUGAGAACUGCCUUGGUGUGUCCACUUGUUUCCCCGUGUCCUUAUUUCCUUGUUUCCAGCCAGCCAGUGGCCUUUCUUUUUUUUCUUUUUUUUUUGCUUUGUUGACUAAAGUCUUGCUGAGCAUACCUCGACUUCUGUUUGUGCCCCUGAUAUACCUCCUGUUUUUACUUUUACCCAUUCCUCAGCUGCCGCCUAUUGACCCAGGCUGGUGGGUUAGAGUGUCACAGGCACAGGAAAGCUUUCUUAGCCCCUCUCCUAAGUCAGUUCUUUGAAGUGCUCAGAGACCCUGUGCUUUUCUUACGUAGCAUUUCACACUACUAAGUACUGAGUACUGUGCAGAGUACGAGCUACUCAGUUCCUCUCCAGUUCCCCUGUGAGCUCCAAGAGGUACCGGCAUAUGCCAUGUUCACUGCUGUAUCCCAGCUCCGGUCUGUGCCUUAAGUCACAGAGAAGCCCUGAGCCUGAUGGUUCUCAUUUUGCAUUAUCUUUAAUUUUCAAUAUUUUAUCGGUUCUCCCCUCAAUCUUUCUUACCUACCCGGCCACCUGUUAGUCAUCCCCACUGACUUGUAUGUCCUGUGGCCAACUGAACUUUAAGAAGUUGGAAUUUUGAGUUUCCCCUUAAUGGAUUCAGAAAACCCGGCCUAUGAUUCCUUUGACCCCUCACUCUUCAUAGUAUAUACCCCAGACUCUCUCUUUUUAAAAAAACAUUUCUGGGCCAUGCCCAGUGAUGCUCAGGACUGGGUCUGGUGGACCAUAUUGGAUGCUGGGUUGGCUGUGUGCCAGGAAAGCACCUUACCUGUGGGACUGUCGCUCUGGCACAACUCCAGACUCUCUUACGAGAAUAUUCCAAGUCUGUCCCUGCCAGGCCUUAGUCCAUACUGUGCAUGUACUACCUGCUUGUUCUGAAUUUAUUUUUCUGUGUGUGUGUCAGGGUGUGCUUGGGGCUUACUCCUGGCUCUGUGCUCAGGGAUCACUCCUGGCAGGGUGAAGGACCAUAUGGAGUGCCAGGUAUGGAAGCCGGGUUGGGUGUGUCGCCUUGCCAGCUGUACUAUCUCUCUCACCCUUGUCCUGGGUCUUGACUGCUCCAGGUCCUUUGCCCUCUCUGUAAACCACUGUCUCACAGGACGGGGGGCCUUGAUGAAUGCUGGGUGAAUGUUCUUGGCCGUGCCAUCCUUGUUGACUUUGCCCUUCUGUCUGCAGUGUUCGUCAUUCUCCCUCCUGCGCUUCCUUUGUUUCAUGCAUUUUUAAGAUGCAGCUCCCGUCCCGCCACAAAGGAAACCUGUGUGUAGUGUUUCUAGAGUAACAAACUAUGAACUCACCGUGUGUUCGCUCUCUGUGUAACUUGGGGAGGCUGUUGGGAUCUGUCCUCCCUUUUGUAUAUAAGGAGAUGUAGUGCUGCCGACUGCGUGAACUGCUGGACUCUAACUUCUUGGUGAAGCUUCUCAUGAGUAUCCUGGAUCUGUGACUGUCUCUGAACUUGGGGGUGCUGCAGGCAGUUGCCUGUGGCCGCUGGGCCUGUGUGAAGAUAGUUUGGUGACAGUGCUGUGAAGAUUGAGGGCCAGCUGGCCUGAAGCAACCCAGGACCUGCACAUUUUUCAUUUCAGAGAUAACUGUUCUUUUUCAAUUAUUGUAAUUUUCAUAUGUAUGUAUGUAGAUAGAUACAUACACAUGUAUUUAGUUUUUAUACUUUUGAGUUUAUAUGUCACUGUCACUGUCAUUUCAUUAUUACUUGAGCAGGCUCCAGUAACGUCUCCAUUCAUCCCAGCCCUGAGCUUUUAGCAGCCUCUCCUUACUCAUUUUUCCAAACGAUUGGAGGCUCCUUUCAGGGUCAGGGGAAUGAAACCUGUUAUUGUUACUGUAUUUGGCAUAUCGAAUAUGCCUCGGGAAACUUGCCAGGCUCUUCUGUGAAGUUCAUAUGUAAGUUUUUUUAAAAUAGAGCAUUAAAAUAUAAUUGAUUUGU